CUUAGUAGAAAAGUGAGCAAACUGUGAAAAGACCCUCCUCUGUCACGUCUGAACCUGCCCUGUUAGUUCAUUUUUCAGCUCAAACCCGCAGAAGAAGCCGGAGGAAAGAAGGAAGCUUUAAUUAAUUAACGACCUGCAAUGCUGCCCAUGUCUCCUGUCCCUCUCCUGUCCCUACUACUGUUGGCUCUACAGAGCGUCUGGUCAUCUACUCCACAGGAACCCAAAGUUCAAGGCUCGCCUCAGCCAGAAAUCUCCAGCUUACAUCACCCCACCUGGAGCCUGGGACUGGAGCUGUACAGGUCGCUCCGCAUCGACAUCGACGCUUCCAAGACCUACACCAUCAUCUCCCCGCUUCUGUUGGCCAACUCUCUGUUGGCUCUAGGAGGUGGAGCUAAUGGAUCCACACUAGCCCAGUUUCAUGAUCUCCUGGGGAUCACCAAAAAUGAGAAAGCGGUUGGAGAAGCUUUGACCAGUGCGCUGAAAUCUCUGCGUGAAGCUAAUGGAACCAGCAACACGUUGCACAGUUCCUCCGCACUGUUUUCCAAACAAGCCGCUGAACUGGAGAAGAGCUUUCUGGAGAAGCUCCAGACCCACUUUGGGUUGCAGCAUGUGGCCCUGGAGGAUGCACAGAAGGAGACUGACAUGGAGAUGCUCCAGUCCUGGGCUAAAAAUGGGAUGGAUGGGGAAGAGACGGCAGCUCUGGAACGAGCGCUCGAGACCAAACCUGGAGCCAUGAUCCUCGCCAAUGCACUGCGCUUUAAAGGGUUUUGGGAUCGAGGCUUUCACCAUGAAAGCCAAGAUUUGCGCAGCUUCCUGGGCACCAAAUACUCUAAAGUUCCCAUGAUGCACAGAUCCGGUGUAUACCGUCACUACGAGGACAUUGGGAACAUGGUACAGGUGUUGGAACUGGGCCUGUGGGAAGGGAAGGCCAGCAUGGUGCUGCUUUUGCCCUUCCAUGUGGAGAGUUUGGCUCGGCUGGAUCGUCUGCUGACCCUGGAUCAGGUGGAGAAGUGGAUGGGGAAACUAAACUUCACAAGUAUGGCAUUAUCCCUCCCGAGAGCCAAGAUGAGCAGCGCGAUUAAUCUACAGAAGCAGCUGGCCACAUUGGGUUUGGUAGGCGCGUGGAACGAGAUGUCAGCUGAUUUCUCCUCUGCAUCAAGCAUGGGACGGGGGAAGCUCCACCUGGGAGCCGUGCUGCACUGGACGUCCCUUGAACUGGCCCCUGAAUCUGGCAGCAUCGACGGUAUGGAUGAGGAUGAGGACGUGGAGAAGCCAAAAAGAUUCUAUGCGGAUCAUUCCUUCAUUAUACUAGUCAGGGACAACAGCACUGGUGCAUUGCUCAUGAUAGGUGCUCUGGACCACACUGACAGCCCUGCGGUUCACGACGAGCUGUAGAGCCAAAAUACUUCACCUUCUGCUACUGACAGUGACAGUCCGCUGAAGAGCCAAAAUGGCUGACCUACAGGUAUUGACAAUAAACUGACCCACUUAUCCACUGUAAAUCCACUGUCUUUCAUCUGUCGUUCUUGUGUUGUGUGCUGACGCGGUACAUUUCACUUGUUUUACAGAUAUGAAAGAGCUUAGAAUAGGUUGUAUUUAAGUAGGAGAGCACAGAAUCUGCGCCCACAGAAUUAUACCUUGGGUUUCUACAGAAUUUAAACAAGUUCUAUGCAUCUCUUCAACUUGUAGUUUUGUUUAUUAAAUAUUUGGGCUUAUUUGAGAAGGCUUUCAGCUGCCAUAAUGAGUGAAGCAGUCACAGAUCUGUUAAUAGAAGGGCAAGAGAUUUUAAAUUAUAUAUCUGUAUAUUUUUUCUUUCAUCUACCAUUCAUUUAUACUUCAAUUUUAUUAUACUGUUGAAUAUAUAUUUUCAAUCAGAUCUGUAGAAAACGAAUCUAUACUUUUAAUUUUUAGUAAUUGCCUUAAAUCGUUUUUUUUUUUUUUUUUUUUACAUUUUUGCAUCUGUUUUAAUCUGAAAUAUUUUUUAUUUAUCAGCUAUAACAUUAAAAUAAUUAUCUGCUUAUCAGCAUCGACAAACCGUGCAAUUGCACAAACUGAAUGUUUAUUAUGCAGUUUUUUCUAUAUGUAGUCAAGGAAUUAUUCAAGCUAUCAAACAACAUGCUUGAAUGUGAAACAUCAACUAUAAACAAAGCAUCUUUUAGCCUAUUUUGUGUAUUCCUCAACAAUGAUGUUUGAUUUUGGUCUUGGUCAAAUUGAAUAGAAUUAAAUU